AAUAACGCGAAUGGAGUAUUAGGAACAAAUAAGUAGUUUGAUCGCAUGCUCUUCAAAGAGCGCAAAUGAUCGCUGUAUAACCGGUAAAAUGUGGCUCCCUGGGCGGCGCAGCCCGAUCCACUACGUUAAGUUCCCAUGUUUUAUGCCUACAUUAUGCACACCGAGAUGAAAUUUAUCGUACUUCUGCUCCAAUUUUGUGUUUAAUGGCGGACAAUUGACGUUUUGAAAUAUUAGGAAAGUACUCAUAUUUGCGAAUAGUGGCUAUUCGAUUCGAAGACCGAAUGUAAUAGGACACUAUUCGAUUCGUUAUUGAAAAUUUAGAGUAUUCGCACGCCCCUAUACUCACGACUGAUCGAUCUUGAUGAUAGCAUAAAUGCUGAGCGCCACUCGGAUUACUCAAGGAGCGCGAAAAGGGAUGAUAAUUGGAACAUAAUCAUUACAUUCUCUCGGCUAAAAUUAUAACAAUUGGAAACGUACGUAUCCUCAUCUAAGAUUUUCUUUACUAUUUGCAGUGCACCCACAAUGGCCGCACGAUGUCACAUUCCGGAAUCAGAGAUAAGAAAGUACGCGGAAGCGAGUCCCUGCCUCGACGUGCAGUGGAAACUUACUGCGUUGCACCGUUUCCUGGUGACGUUGAAGGCAAGCGGCAUUGACCUGCUCCUGCCUUGUGGAAAAACUGAAAGCGACGAUGUUCCGGAUUGCUGGAUUGGAUCGAAUGUGCUCGUUCUGAACAGCGUGCUCCUGAAUGUCUCUUUGGAACUGCGCGAGGACAAUCCGGGUGUCCUGUCACUGGUCGCUUUAGUCGCGAGAAGCAGAACCGAGCUUCCUGAUGCAGCACUGUCCGACGCAACUUUUCUGGUGUACUGGCUCUUGUGCCACCACCACUGUGUGCGAACGGUUCACCUGGAGUUCGACACAGUCCUUUGUAUUUGCGCGCCAACUGUCGUCGCUGGGGCGCUACGACGCGGAUCCAGCGGGGUGUCCCUCAGGUUAAGCCUGCGCAGCGUGGCGGAGAGGACACAGGCCCUACCAGUUUUGACGUCUGUGCUUGAGUCCAUGGUCAAUCUGGAAGUACUGGACCUGGGUGGAGUGACUCUAAACUACGCAACCGUGGAUGGUGUCGUGGCAGUACUGAAGAGUGGCCGCCUGCGUGCCUUGGUCCUCGGUAACUGCCCGCAAGACAAACACUACGCUGAGGAGCAUAUCGCUGUCGGGGGUGACAGGGGAGCUCGUCGGCGAAGUCUUGCACUGUCUGGCGCGCAACGAUACCCUGGAAGAACUCUGCCUCAGCGACGCCGCCCGGGGUGAUUUUCCAGUGACAAUUGAACCCAUCUACAAGUUCGCCGAGAACCGGCACCUUAGAGUCCUGAAAUUGACACGCCUGGAACUCAGUGAUGCUGCCGCCAUGGCGUUCGCAGAGUUGCUCCGCGAGAACGUGACUU